AUGCAGAUCUAUCAGCAAAUCUACCUCAGGCAGUGCAUUCCACCACCGAAAGCGGCGAACAGCAGACCAAUUACCUUUCGGAUUAUGACUGUGCCAGAAUUUCCCACGGCUGCUCGUCGGCGUAGGGAACCUGAGCCCAGUCAUUCCAGCUGGAGAACUCGACCAAGACACGGCGAAGUUUUCGCCGACGAAGUUGCCCAGGAAGGCGAAUUUCUUGUGAGUAAUUUUGUGCUCUCUGAGCUGCGAUCGCGGGAUCUGGCUCAACUGUGUCCCCGUGAUGAACAAGCUGCGGCACGUAGGCCAGCGGGGUGGGCGCGAGAUGACAAUGACUUGCGUGUUAUAGCAAUGCAAUACGCGGAAUCUCGCGAACGGCGCCACGCUCGGGCGAUUGCCGAAGGUGUAGCGAUCGAAUCUUUAACGCCGACGAGAUUCCAGUCAAUGUGCGACGAGCUUUUUGCUCCCCCAGCUGGUAUCACCCGAGAACGAAUCAUCGUUCUGUUUUUCUUCAUGGCGGAUCUAGCUGCUCUUGCUGUCGGUCAACGGUUUUACACUAUUUACUCCAGCCUGAUGAACUGGAGCGCCAAUUAUGUCCGUUACCGUGUCUGUGGAUGGGUGUAUGAACGUGGAGGCUGGGAUCGUGUUCUCAAUCGUUCAAGUAAUCUGGUCCUCAAGUGGUGUGGGAUCGUGACGCUUUGCUUGGUGUCAGCUGCAGCUUGGGUGUUUAUGAUUUUUCAGCCAAAUGAUUUAAUCAACAUGCAGCACUGUAACUUGCUCUGCUUGCCGGAGAACUAUCAAAUGAAGUACUACUUCUACCAUGGUCUUUCAUGGCCGCAACUGAGCUUUGUCGCGGAGGAUGAAGCUGGAAGAAUUGUUGGUUAUGUCUUGGCCAAGAUGGACGAAGAUUCGGACGAUGAUCCGCACGGUCACAUUACUUCACUGGCUGUAAAGCGCUCUCAUAGGAGACUGGGUUUAGCUCAAAAACUCAUGGAUCAGACAGCUCGUGUAAUGAUCGAAAGCUUCAACGCGAAGUAUGUUUCACUCCAUGUUCGCAGAACAAAUCGUGCUGCUUUGAGUCUGUAUUCGAACAUGUUGAAAUUCACAAUUCUUGAGGUUGAGCCCAAAUACUAUGCCGACGGAGAAGAUGCAUUUGCGAUGAAGCGAGAUUUGGUGUCUUUCGCGCAGCAGCAUAAUAUUGUACCAGCCGAGCCAUCAACCUUCUUUUUGAUGAAAGGCGAUGAUAAACGGAAGAACAAAGACGAAGCCACCCCUGCAGCAGUUGAUUGAUUUGAUCAUUUUUCGUUCAUGUUAUUUGCUUGAUUCUGCAAUAAAUCAAUAUAAAAAAAAUUUGUCGGAGGCUUUUUCUGUGUUGUCUUCGCGUUUAAUUGAUCGGAGUGAAAUUUGCACGUGGA